GAUGCGGCCAUGGUGUGGCCUGGUCUUGACACACACGUAGAUGCUAUUAUUGUCGUGGGUUCUGUUUAUUUGUUUGAAAGAACCGAGUACAGACUACUCACAAACAACAGCAUAACCGGCCCACGGCGGCUCAAUGCUUGCUGGCCAGAUAUCUUCAGGACAGGAGGUGUGGACGCCGCCGCAAACAGAAAUGGAAAGCCGUAUUUUUUCAAGGGGUGUAACUUCUGGACGCCCUCAGAAACAACAAGUUCCAAUGGGUUUCUGCUCCGUGACCUGGCGACCAUCAACUUACCGUGUGACCUUGACGCCGCCUGGGAGUCGGGACCUGAGCUAAUUAUUUCUAAAGCAAACCAGUAUUGGAUUUGGGGCAGCAGUAUGAGAGGACCGUUUCCUUUAAGCGGAUACUUAAGUCUGUGUACAUGGAAUUGGGGAUUUCCUUCGGCUGUGACUUUGCCUAAUCCUUUAGUCUGCAAUGGGGAUGCCCGACUGUGCUUUCUAACCGUGGAUAAGGUCACAUUAGCUGGCUCCCAUAAUGCCGGGUCCGGUUUCUCUGGGCGGUUCGCGUCCUCUCCAUGCUUCUACCAGAACCAAAACACGUCGGUUUUAGAACAACUGCGCUUUGGGAUGAGGUACUUGGAUGUCGAUUCCUGCUGGUCCGAAUGCGGUAAGUUACAAAUUACUGUUAAUCCAACAGAAAUUGUGAUGGUCAACUUCAACCAUGACAUGACGGACCGUGACCGAGUCAUACCUGAGCUGGUCAGACAGGUCAGUUCAGAGAUGUUUUUCUCUCAAGAGCAUCGUAGCCUGGGGUCUGUUGUUCUUCGCACAAUUAUUAUCUCGCUUUUACAGAUAGAAGAAGUGUUGUCUCCCUUUCUAAACAGUCACUUUCGUGAGACAGGAGAUUGGCCAACUCUAGGACAGGCUGUCAGGUCCGGAAAGCGACUUUUCGUUAUAAUCACCAAAGAGGUAAUAUACCACAGCAUUCACUCGCAGAAACGAUGGAUCGUCGAUGAGAGAUAUCUGGGGAGUACCUACAAGCUGAUCCUCGUUUUCGGAGACUGCUCUAGUGUGGUCAGCUCCACCAGGGACAAGUGUAGGCAGCUCGCUGAACGCUCACUGCUGGAGGUCACCGUGAUUGGCAUGCUCCGACUUGAGAAUCAGAGCUCAGAAAGCUCCCAACAUACUACUUGUUGA